AAAACACUGAGAGCUAUAUAGAGAGGUUAUCCACCUAACCAUAAACCCCACAAACAACAUGAAUAACAACACUAUCCCAACUUCUCCUACUCAAUGGAAUAUGGAUAUCCAAAUGCCAUAUUACCAACAAACAGAUCAUUUUGAACUAGCAAAUACCCCUUAUGAAAGUUUCUCACAAGAUUCUACAAUCAUGACCACUACUACCUAUCCAAGUCAUGUUACAAUAAGUAGUGAUUAUCAGUAUUCCAAUUUAAGUCCUGAAAAUUCCUCUGGAAAUGGUGAUAGCCUUAAAACUAGUAUGAUAUCAAAGCCAGUGAAAAGGAGAUCAAGAGCUUCUAAGAAAACUCCUACUACUCUUGUUAAUGCCAGCAUAUCGAAUUUUCGAGCAGUUGUACAACAAUACACUGGUUGUCACACUUAUCCAAUCAAGAAUCAAAGGGGUCCUAUUAACUUAAGUUUUGGACCACAAACAGGUGAUUUUCUUGAAAGUUCAAUAGGAGAGGGUUCUCAUUAUGGAUAUUACUCUCAUGAAGAAGCUGCAAAUAAGGAACAAAAGCAAGAAUAUUUUCAAGAGAGUGGUUCUCCUGCAGGAUAUAGUAAUUCUGGAAAUAGUAUAGGUUAAGUAUUGAAGAUUAUGGAUGUCACUGACUAAUAAUCUUCUUCAUAGUAGGAACUAGGAAAUGUCGUUUUGUUUUAAUAAACUAGCUAGGUGUAAGAAAUCACGCUUGAGCAAAGCCUUUCAAUGGUUUUAUCUAUUUUUUUUUCUCAUUGUUUUCUUCUUUUCACUUUUUGGCAUUCAUUUUUCUUUAUUUCACAUGAUCUUCUCGUUCCAUA